AUAAGUUAGUUUUGUUGCUCUUAGUUGUUAGUUGAACUUAGAGCAACAAAACUACAUCAAUAGGGUUUAUGAUCAAUAAAUUAAUAGUGUUUAUUAAUCAGUAACAAAGAUCAUAGAAAACAAUGAUUAUAAUAAAAAUCCAUUUAUUAUCUAUAUACUUACCCGAUAUGUAUCAAAUAUACUAGGUACUCGUACAAGAUAACUUUUUUAAAUGUUUUUUUAAACAAAGAGGUAGUUAUUAAAUCUUAUAUUCAUAAUUAAAUUAUCUUAAUAAAAAUUCAACAAGAAACCUUCCUUUUUCGUAUUUGUAUUGAUGUAUAAGUUUCGAACUUUGCAAAUUUCAGUUUUUUAAUAUAUUAAUUAAAAGGAACGAAAAUAACCAUCUUUGGUCCAUUCGUUUCCUGCAAAAAUCAACUUUUUGUAGAGUCACCAUCUUACUGUUUAGUGAUCUAUUUUUUUCUUAAAAUACUUCCUUGUUGUAAUUUAUGCAUAUACCUAACAGAAUCAGGAUUUAUUUCGCGGUUGAUUGUACUAAAAUGAAAGUGAGAUAUUUUUCUUUUAUUUUGUAAAUAAAAAAAUAUUUAUGCUAUUGUAGGAACCAUUUAUCUGCAAUUCUAGGUUUCUUUACAGUCAUUUCACAUAAAUAAAACCACCAUGCGCCACAGUGAAAAAAUAAAGCUAUCUCUUUGUUUUUUAUUUAGUUGUCAUCAUGUCGAUGUUUAUGUCAACCAUUUGCAGCCUAGUGCUCUUUGCGGUUACAUGCGAAACUGCUCAUGACUUUCCACCAGGGUUCGAAUUUGGAGUCGGUUCUGCAGCAUACCAAAUUGAAGGAGGCUGGAAUGCUAGCGAUAAAGGAGAAAGCAUCUGGGACAGAUUUACCCACACGUAUCCGCACUUAAUUUUAAACAAAGACAAUGGUGAUGUGGCAUGUGACUCUUACCAUAAGUGGCAGACUGACGUCGAUAUGGUCGCAGAUAUUGGCGCAAACUUCUAUCGAUUUUCAAUAUCAUGGCCAAGACUCUUGCCUACCGGUUUUUCGAACUAUAUAAGUGACGAUGGGAAGAACUAUUAUAAUUCUCUAAUUAAUCGAUUACUUGAGAAAGGUAUUAAACCUAUGAUAACUAUCUAUCAUUGGGACUUGCCACAAUCAUUACAAGAUCUAGGUAAGAUUCACGAACUAAAUAACAUAAAGACUGUUUCAAAGUAUCUACGAGUAGUAGUUUAAGGUCCUGCACUCAAUCGAUGGACAGGGAGGGAGGAGGGCGGCAAGUGGGAACACUUUUCCCAGCGCCAAAAUUAUCAUUAUAAAAGAAGAAUGAACUUUAUAAAUCUCUUAAUAUAGCAUAGGUUAAAAUGGAGCGAAAAUGCUUCAAAAUGCCUAAAUGAUAUAAAAGAAGAAUAUGCAAAAAAAAAUCCAUUAUCACGGAGCUUGGAGGAGAGUAGAGGGAGGUCGCCCUACGAAGUUUCACCCCCCGUUAAAAAAAUCGUAGAUCCGUGGCUGUCGGUGAAGCAUUUAAUAUCAUAACAUUAUUAUUAAUCUUUUGAUCAAAUAUCUAGGUGGUUGGUUGAAUCCUCUUAUAAUAGACUGGUUCGCCGAAUACUCCAGGGUUGUCUUCUCACUAUAUUCGGAUCGUGUAAAAAGCUGGAUCACUAUAAAUGAACCUAUUAUUAUAUGCGACUUAAGCCAUGGUAAUUUAAGUCUUGCUCCGAAUAUAGGAGAAAAUGAAAUUGCGUCAUACCUCUGUACAAAGAAUGUGGUUCUGGCGCAUGCGAAGGCGUAUAGAAUUUAUGAAAAUGAAUUCAAAAGGAAGCACCAUGGUACGGUUAUCUUUAUAAUAUUGUUUUAGAUAAGACUUACUGCUAAUAAUGUUAUGUAUUGAAUAAAUUAUAUUCAUUGAUGAAUUACGAGCGAUAAAUUAUAUUCUUUAUAUUUUUUGUUGGUACAGGGAAGGUGUCAUUAGCAAAUAAUGUGAUAUGGUUUGAACCAGUAUCAUCUGAUGAUGAAGAAAUAGCAGAGCUCGCACGCCAACUUUAUGUAGGUCUAGUUUUUUAUUAUAUAAUUAAUAGAGAUAUUUAUGACUCUGUAACAUCUUUAGAAAUUUUAAAAAUUCGAUCCGAUGGUGCAAAUUGAUCUUUCACAAGAAUCCUCGAAUGCCACCAAAAAUUUAUAUAAACAAUGAGGAAGUAUUUAAAAAAAAGAAACCACUAAAAAGCACCUCCACUAGAUAGCGACUCUAGCAA